AUGUGUGUUGCCGACGUCCUUUUAUUCGUUAAAUGUUACCCCGAACUUUCUCAACCUCUUCUUUGGCACUGCCAGUACCAGCGGGAGCGCCAGGAGCUGCACGAGGCACUGAUUAUAUGUAUACAAGGGGGUGAUGUGAAUGCAACACGGCUUCUCCUCUCAAUCAACGCGGAUGUUGAAACUGUUGAGGACGACACCAAUGACGAAGGAGAACGAUCACCGGGCCAUGAUGCACCAGGAUGCUAUUGGAAUACCUCAAUCCUGGGCUGGGCUGUACGAGGUGGCCAUAAUGACAUAGUGGAGGCUCUUACUCAACACCUUGCUCAAUUAAAACUGAAGAUCCCAGCUCUCAAAGUGAAGUGUAUGAGAGAUGCAUUAAAGUGGGCGGCUCAAGGGGGCUUUCUUAGCAUGAUUAAAUUGCUCCUUGAAAUUGACUUCGGCAUCACAAGGUCGCCUGAAUACUACGACAAUGCAUUGUAUUUUGCAUUAAUGAGGCCAUAUGGACAUAUUGACAGAAACCACUGCACGUGCUCAAAGCAGAAUUUCUGCUCUGGAUGGCGCAAGAAAUCAGGACCGGACUAUUAUGCCACCGUGAAGCUUCUGCUCGAUGUCGGUGCGAACCCCAACUGGCCUGGAUAUUCCCCAGGAUCUUCUACAUUUUCACAUCCACCGCUAGAGCUAGCACUGGACACAUGUAGCUUGAUCUCCGAUGGCACUGUGAAGCUGCUUGUUGAACGCGGUGCAAAUGUGAGAGACAAAGACUUCCUUCAUGCAUUUACAAAUGCUUCGAAUCGAUGUACGGUCUAUCAUGGAGAAACGGCAAAACACCUUCUCGACCAUGGUGCAAAUAUCAGUGUCCGGGACAGCCUUGGUCGGUCUAUUCUAACCAAAGCCCGCAAAAGAGACCUCAUUCAACUGUAUGUUGCUCGUGGACUCAGCCCAAAUGAUGUGGAUGGGUCUGGCAAGACACUACUUGGUGCCUUAGCAACCGAAGAGGCAUCUGAAAGUAGGGCAGAACUGAUGAAGGUGUUGUUAGAACUUGGCGCCGAUGUGAAUUCCCGAUCUCCCUGUGGACUAACUCCAUUACAUUCGAUCUUCUCAUAUAGACCAAAGCCACGUGGAUAUGACUCGGAGGGAUAUGAGUUUGACGGAUUCGACCGAUACGGACGCCCAAUGGCUAAGCCUGGGCCCGAGAGCCCGGAUUCUGAAAUCGACCUUUCAUUCGUUCACAAAACCGCAAAGCUUCUUUUGACAUAUGGAGCAGAUGUGAGCGCCCGGGAUGAUGAAAAGCAAACCGCUAUCUAUAAAACUGAUAGCAGGUCUCUGGUAGAGCUCCUCCUCGCCCACGGAGCGGAGGUAAAUCUGGUGGAUGCCUAUGGCCAAACGCCUCUUCAUACGAUGAUAUACGGGGCGUCGCCAGCGAUGGUUGAAACGAUCAAAUUGGUACUGAGCCAUGGAGCAGACCUACAUGCAGAAAACGGUGAUGGAAACACCCCUCUCCAUCUGGCCUCACUGACAUCAUCAUGGGAAGUGGUGAAGUUGCUGCUUCAUCAUGGAGCGGAUCGAAACCACCGCAAUGUCAAUGGCGAGACGACAUUAGACCUUUUGGCGCGUCGCCGGCGUCAUCGAGAGCAGUUUCCAUUCAACAGGGAUAAAAAUGGGAAUCGAUUGAUCACUUACAGAAACACAUUUCACCGUACCAUUUGGUUCUAA